AUGUAAACUAGUACUAAAUUAGGUUGUUACACAUGUCAUGACACCCCGCAAAAAUGCAUAUAUGGAGUGCGAUUACAACAACACACACACAUAAACCUAUGGAUUAUCCAACCUUCUUUCACAUAUUUUCUUCCCUUCUAACAAUCAUCUACGCCCUGAUCACCAUCUCCGGCCGCCACAACUCCCGGCUUCCCCCAGGGCCUUACCCUUUUCCGGUCAUCGGAAACCUGUUAAAACUCAGCGACAAACCCCAUCAGUCUCUGGCUACACUCUCAAAACGUUAUGGUCCUUUGAUGUCACUUAAGCUUGGAAGUAGAACAACGAUAGUUGUUUCAUCACCUGAUAUUGCCAAAGAGUUCUUUCACACACAUGAUAUAUCCUUCUCUGGUAGAACGGUUCCCGACACCGCCCGGAUAGUUGACCAUGAUAAAUACUCCAUAGCGUGGUUGCCAACAGGAGAGCAGUGGCGUAAACUACGAAGAAUAGGUAGAGAAUAUUUGUUCUCCGUACAACGUCUAGAUGAUAGCCAACUCCUACGUGGGGAGAAGGUACAAGAACUUCUUAACCAUGUCCAAAGAUGUUGUACAAAUGAAAAGGCUGUGAAUAUAGGUGCAAGUGCCUUCACAACAACUCUUAACGUUCUCUCAAAAUUUAUAUUCUCUGUUGAUUUUGCUCAAUACGAUACUAUUUCAUCACAAGAGUUUAAGGAAGCCGUGAUGGCUUUGGUGGAAUUAGCUGGGAAGCCGAAUCUAGCCGACUUUUUUCCAAUAUUAAAACCUUUGGAUCCACAAGGAUUAGUACGGAAAGGAAAUGUUUAUGGUAAAAAGUUGUUGACUAUUUUCGAUAGAAUCAUUAAUCAACGCUUGCAAUUAAGAUCGAGUUCAAUGUCAACAAACAUUGAUGUUUUGGACUUGUUGCUCAACGUUGUCCAGAAAGAUGAAUCAAUCUUUAGUCGAGAUGACAUGAGACAUUUCUUCUAUGCUUUAUUUAUCGCGGGAACCGAUACAACAUCCGGCACAUUAGAGUGGGCAAUGGCUGAGCUUAUCCAUAACCCAGAGAAAAUGGAAACUGCUCGAUCAGAGAUCAUAAAACUCAUGCAAAACAACAAAGGGAAUAUACAAGAAAUGCAUAUAUCUCAGCUCCCGUACUUACAAGCUAUUAUAAAAGAAACUUUACGACUACAUCCACCUGUCCCUUUUCUAAUUCCUCACCAAGCCCUACACGAUGUAGAAGUUCAAGGUUUCAUCGUGCCUAAAAAUGCACAAAUCAUUUGUAAUAUUUGGGCUAUGGGGCGUGACCAUAACAUUUGGCCAAACCCAAAAAAGUUCAUGCCUGAAAGAUUUUUAAAAGUCAAGAUUGACUAUAAAGGCCAAGAUUAUGAGUUUAUUCCAUUUGGUGCAGGCAGGAGGAUAUGCCCGGGAUUGAAUAUUGCUCAUAGAAUGUUGCAUAUAAUGUUGGGAUCUUUGAUUCAUAAGUUUGAGUGGAAACUUGAAGGAAAUAUAAGAGCACAAGAUAUGGAUAUGGAGGAGAAGUUUGGGCUCACAUUACCAAGAAAAGUACCACUCAUGGCCAUUCCGAUCAAAGUUUGAUGGUUUUUAGAUCGUUGUUAUUGGAUCAUAAUAUCAUAUACCUUAUAAUCAUGACAACAUGACAUUUGAGAAGAUCCUUGUCAUUAUGAACAAAAUGUAAAUGUAAGAAAUUAAAAAAAACUGAUGGUUUUAUAUUGAUACUUAAAAUUAUUUGUUGAA